GCGUGGCGGGAGCGCGGCUGUGGGGUUGUUUUUUUGCGUGGGGUUUCUCUCAUGCCCUGGCCUCAGGUUAUCGCUCGUGCGAGUACGGCUGUGGGACAAAGGUCCCUUCUCGGCCGUGGCAUCGGCCCAAUUCUGUCCAACAGCCCCUCGCCGGGCUCCUGCAACAUUCCCAUCACGAGUGGGGGUUUUUCGUUGAAAUUAGAGAACUUGCAGAAAUUUAAAAAAAAUAAAAAUUAGAGAGCUUAUUCUUAAGACACGUUGUAACGCAGUUGGUGCUUCCCCGGCAGGAAGGAGUACAAGUACUUCCAGAGAAUGACGAGCACGUCCCGUGUGGAAGGUAAACAGAAUGCAGUGAUAAUGGGUAAGAAAACGUGGUUCUCCAUUCCUGAGAAGAACCGUCCUUUAAAAGACAGGAUUAAUAUCGUGCUCAGCAGGGAGCUCAAGGAAACCCCGGAAGGAGCACAUUAUCUUUCCAAAAGUCUGGAUGAUGCUCUAGCUCUUUUGGAUUCACCAGAGUUACAAAGCAAAGUAGACAUGGUUUGGAUCGUGGGAGGCACUUCAGUGUACAAGGCAGCAAUGGAGAAGCCAAUUCAUCAUCGAUUGUUUGUGACAAGAAUCUUGAAAGAAUUUGAAAGUGACACAUUUUUUCCAGAAAUUGACCAUAAAGACUACAAGCUUCUAACGGAGUACCCAGGUGUCCCUGCUGAUGUCCAAGAAGAGAAUGGGAUCCAGUACAAAUUUGAAGUGUAUGAAAAAAGUGUUGUGGCACAAUAAGGGAGGCAUUUUGUACUUCUGUGUAAGGGCAGGUGUUUUAAACCAGGAAGUUUUACUGAGUGUAAAGAUACAUUAAAAUUUUGAAGAAAA